AUGGCGAGCGCACGCGCGUGCCUCGAGCACCUCACGCGCGCGCUCGCGCAGCUCGGCGUCACGACCCAAUCAACCGCGCCCCCAAUCCCGCUGCACGUGGGCGACGACUCCAGCAAGGAUCCUCCGUUUCUCACCGCCGAGACCUUGAGGCGCGCCAAGUUUAACCACCCCGCCGCGUGCGCUCCUCUGUGGCGCGCGCUUCACGACCUAUCGCUCGUGGGAUGCGCGGGGUUCCCGGACCCGGACGUCGCGAGGCGCGCGCUCGCGUCCGCGCGCGAGGCAUCCGCGAGGUCCGCGAUGCAGUACGCCGAAGCGCAGCUCGCGUCGGGAGAUGGCGCGACGAACGCGGGCGACGCGAGAUCUAGGAGGGCCGUCGCCGCGGAGCUGGCGCGGACCGCGGAGGACGAAACGUGCGCGCGCGUCGCGCGAUGGCACCUGCGACGCCAGGGCUACCCGCACGUCGACGAGCUGGAGACGUGCGAGGCGCGCGGGGGGGACAGCAGGCCCCUCCUGCUCGCGCUCGCGUGGACGGUACGCCCCCAUCGCCAAACCAAAUCGUCUCCCCAACCGCCCCGUCCCGCUCCGCCUCCCGAUCUUCCCAUCCCACCUCACACCCAACCCCCGCCUCGACAUCGAUCGUCGCAGGUGCAACGCGACGACGUCUUCGCGAGGGCGCACGCCGACGCCCACGCCCCGUCCUUCAUCGACGCGUCACCGGGCGGUGACUCAUCGGAUCUCGACGCGUCGCUGCCCCCGUUCCCCGCGGAUUCCGCGUGCGGCGUCGCUGCAUCCACUGUGGACGCAGCGGACAUCGCGCAGCUCGUCGCGGGCGGACGAAACGCGUCGCUCGCGUCCGUCGCCGCGGAGACCGCCGCCGCGGAGGAGGGCGCGUACGUCGACGCGUGCGCCGCGGCGCUAAACGCGGUGGAACGCUCGGCGACGUCUCCGGCCACCGCGAGCGGCCGUCGGUGGCCGCCGCCGCCGCCGAGCGAAGAUUCGCGCGUCGCGUUGGGAAAGCAAACGUCCGCGCUCGCCGCGCGGCUCCAGCAGAUGUUCUCGCGCGUCCGCGAGCUGGAGCGCGCGAGGGCGAUCGGGAGGCACGACCUUCACGCCGCGCAGACGCGGGCGGGACGCCGAGCGGGGAGGUCGCAGCCGGGGGCGAUGGAUGCGACGCCUUCGGGGUCGUAUGAGGUGCGACUGGUUCGUGACGACGACGCGAGGGGCGCGCAUGCGCGGGCGAUGCGACGGACGCUCGCGGCGAACGUCGCGGCGAACGAUGCGAUCGGGCUGUCGGACACGUUCUGGGCGUGGAUGGAGUCGGUGUUGGCGCUCGAGGAGCGAGAGGAGCUCGAGGGAGGAGACGCGGUCGGGGGCGGGGAGGUCGGGGUCGGGGACGGGGACGUUACUCGCGGACGCGGGGGAUCCGGUGCCGAUCCCGGGGCGCCGUCGCUGGCGCGCGCGCUCAGGGACGUCCAGGCGAACGUCAAGACGGUCGCCGAUGCCCUGCGCGAGCGCCGGAGGGACAUCGAGCGCGCGGCGAAGGCGUGGGACGCCGAGAAGGCGAGGGUCACCGCGGAAGCCGGGACGGCGGCGGGGAUGGCCGCGGCGGAGCGCCGGCGAUCGGGUUCCCCGGGAGGUGGGGAGCGCGAGCGCGACGGCGGGGGCUCGAGCGCGGACGCCGUCAAGCGCGCGGCGACCAGGGCGAGCGAGGAGCUCAACGCGCGCGCGGCGAAGGCGGCGUCCAGGCUUCCCGGCUUGGCGCAGAUCAAAGACGCCGUCGCCGCGGCGGAUGCGGAGAGGGCGACACGGCCGGCGGCGGCGGACGGUUCGGACGAGCGCGGGGUUUUGGGCGGGGGGGGCACGCGCGUCGCGAGCGAGGAGUUCCCGCCGGGGGUGGCGGAGAGGCUCGUGGCGCGCGGCGCGUCCUUCGACGGCGCGUUCUUCGACGGAGCAAGUAGGUCGCGGAGGCGAAGGCGACCAAAUUCCCAAGCUGCGGGUCAUGAGGCGGCGAAGGAUGCGCUCGAGCGGCUUUUACCGGUGCUCGAGGACUCGGAACGAGCGCUCGACGCCGUUCGGAGCCGGUCGCGCGGGAUUUUGAAUGACGCUGUGGACCGUCGGUUCGGCCGCGACCGCCUGGUGUCGACGCACGGUUGGGAGUGA